AAAUACGCAAGGUCACUUAUGUUUAGCGUUUACACUGUCACUUCUAUUAUUGAGUCGAAGGAAAAAAGUCUUUCAGUGAGAAAACUGUGCCGUUAUGGCUUUUGUGCCGCCUCGUGCUGUACCAGCUCGAAGUGUUCAGUCAUUAGAGGAAUACAAUACCCCACGAGCUCCCCUCCGGCGUCAGGUAUCCUUAGAUGAAGAGAGACGUGAUGAUUGCCAAGGGCACUGGAGAGGACCGUACCUGGAAGGAGAAGAGGAGGAAAAGGGUGUACGGCUGUUCAGAGCAAUGCUACUUCAGCACUUGAGACUUGAAGAACUUCGACCGCCACCAUGUAUGAUAGUCCCCGCGAAUCCUGAUCAAAGAGGUUGGUGGAUGUACUGGAGGGACUGGAGAGCGUUGGAGCGCGCUGCUCGAAGAUUUAGGGAAACAAAGGCUAGGGCUCGGCUGGCAGCGCGGGCUGAGCACAUACCUUUAUUAUGCUUAGACGAGGUGCAAUUUGAAGAUAUUAUGCAAGAAUUAUGUCAGGCCUGUGUUCAUAUUGAACAGAGAGCGUUAGUUGUCCUGGCGUUUCUGUGCGAGGUGGUCGCUCGUGCUGUUAGGGUUGGAGGUUGGUGUAGAGCAGCGGAUUGGGCUGCGAGGCAUGUAGCCCAAUGUGCAACUCCCUGGGCUAUUCGACAUGGUGGUUGGAGUGCCGUUGUAGAACGAGCAGGCGGUACGCGUAGAGAAGAAACUCUUCUAGCUGGCGCGGCUCUCGCGGCACUACUCGCCUUUCUUUUGUUUUGCCGCACGCGACUUCGUCACGCUCUGCUUUAAACAUUCUCACUACUUCCACAAAAAGGGCGUGGGCACAGUUUGGAAAGAUUCCCGGAUAAAUUGUUUAUCCAGUGGCAUUGUAUAAACGUGUAUUGGAAAUUGAGUUUCCAAAAAUAAUCUCCAGUAUAAUAUCUUUACAAGCCUUCACGGUGAAUUUAAGAGCUAUUCAACAGGACUUACAUUGAUUAUUGCUUGAUUGUUUUGUAAAUCUUGUACUUAACCAAAGUUUAAAAAUCAUAUAUGUUAAGAUUAAAAUGUGAAGUGAUGAAGAGGAAUAGCUUAGGGAUCCGAAGAGGUUGUUACACAUAAGAUUCGUAGAUAGGACUUAGUUAUUCAAUUGUUUUUAUAAAUGUUUUUGGUUUUAUCCUCAUUUUACAGAUCGUGCAAAAAGUCCUCAGUAUAUCCAACCGUCCGACAGUCUUCAUUCGUAUUUAAAGUAUAUAUAGCUGCUCCUAUACUUUAACCAACUAGGAAUAUCUGUGAGAAAGUAGUUAGUCAAUAUUAUUUAUUAUGUAACCAUUAUUUAUAGUUAGCUUUCUUCUUUUUAAAAAUAAAACUGUUAUAAUUUAUUGGAUCUAAGACGCUGAUGCUAGUCAAGUCUUGGAUUACAUGUCACCGAGAUGGUUUCACAGGUUAUUUGAACACAAUUUUUGAAUCUCAGUUUACAUAAUUUAUUGCUGCAAUUUCAUAUUCCUUAGAUAAAGGGGAUUGUGUUAGUUGAGCUAUUAAACAGCAGCAUUUUAGGUGGACCAAAGGUAUGAUAAUGUUGAAGGGAAAAGGAUUAGAAUUUUGUAGGGAAAUCGUUUAUUUACUAAUAAUACAGUGUUGAAUUAUUCAUUUAAAAAUAUGUUCGAGUUUUUUUUGUGUUGUAUCUCGACAUAAGUAUUCAUAGUGUUGUAAUUUUGUUUUAUUUUUUGAACAAUCUAUGCCAAACUAUUUCCAAAGAAAGAAGCUUUUUAAUAAUAAUAAAAUAAUAUUAUAAUAUUUUUCAUGUUUCUGUACUUAUUGUUAUAACUUAAGUCUAUUAACGUUUAGUAUUUUUUGGAAUUAAUAUAAAAAUAUUUAAAGUUAUAUUUAAAGAAGAGGUUAGAGGAGUAUUUUAGUAGUUAGGAGGGAUAGCUUUGUAUGUAUUUUACCGUACGGAGUCCGGACGUAGCUAAUAAGUAUUAGCCUCGCAAAGUUCGUUAACAGAGAAGAAAAUUGGUGUUACCUAAUAUUUCUGGCUCAUGAAUAAAUAAUUUUGAAUGCAGCAAAGGUAAUGGCAUCUCGAUCUCGUGAUGGAUAUAAUUGACGGUGUAAUGAAUAGUUUACAGUUCCUGUCUAUGGAAGUGAACACUUACCAAAAGGUGCAAUGGGACGUUUGGUUUCUAGCUAUUGUUAAGAAAAAGUUAUGAUGCCUUGGUAAUAGACAAUUUGACUACGGAGCUGUAUAAGUACAUUUAUUUUGACUUAUCGAAAAUUCUCCUUCAUAUUCUAUGUUUAUUUUUUGGUGUCUAUGAUAAUGUUGCGGAAACAUAUUUUUAAUAGUAACAUUAACAAUUACCACAGUUCAAUAUUAAAUGACAUUUAAUGAUAAAUAAUUAUAUUACUUGGUUAAUUUACUUUCACAGUAAUCUAUACUAAUAUUAAAAAUGCAUAAGUAACUUUAUCGGUCUGUUAUUAUUUAUCUAGAACGUAGGCUUUUAACGCCCUAUCAAAUCACGAACAACACCUUAAACGCGAGCGAAGUAGCGGACGACAGUUAGUAUUGAAUAUAUUGAAAAUAAAUAUUUCCUGUUUGAGCAACACCAUCAAUAAAAUGCUAUCUUAAUAUUGUCAUUAAAAAAAACAGGAAGAGGACUUAAAAAUAUAUUCUUAUAAAUUAAAUACUAAACCAGGUGUAAAACUUCGCUCUAAUAUUUAUAGAGGGAUACAUUGAUACAAUAAAAUAAUAUAACAAGUAUUAUAUCAAGAAAAAUGUUUAGCUAAAAAAAAUUUGGGAAAGUGGGAUUGUAAGAAUAAAUUAACAUCAGAUGCGGUGCGCGGCUUAGCUGCGUCAGCGCUUAUUAGGAACCUCUAAACUAAGAUUACUUAUAUGUGUAAAAAGAGUGUCCAACUACAAAAUAACUAAACUAAACGAGUCAAUUUUAUUAUCUUAGUGUGCGUGACAGCUAAACAUGACGUUAUGCUAGCAAAGACUAGUGUGCGUGUAUUGUUGGCUACAAUUCAGCACAUAUAAAUAAUAAAAGCCUCUGAAAUAGACUGCUAAUUCAGGCCAAGUAUCCACCAAAGUGGAGAUGGGUGAUGGAAGUCGAGAUGCUUCGUUAAUAAAUAAAUAAAUACAUAAAUUAUAAAAAUUUGGAGAUUUAAGUGGAUACAAGAUCGAACACCAAGAAGAGAAUAUUCAUAGUGUGUUCAUGAUCCAUGUUAUAUUUAUUAAAUCAGAAAUUCUUAUUUACUUUACAGA